AUGUUAUUUCUCGUUGGCCUUGGGCUUGCGGAUGAGGCCGAUAUCACGGUCAAGGGGUUGGAAGUGGUGAAACGCGCUGAACGGGUCUACCUCGAGGCAUACACCAGCAUUCUCCAUGUAGGAAAGGAGAGAUUGGAAUCGUUCUAUGGUCGCCCAAUCAUUGUGGCAGACCGAGAGAUGGUCGAAUCGGCAAGUAAUGAAAUUCUCGAUGGCGCAGACAAACUGGAUAUAGCAUUUCUUGUCGUCGGCGAUCCUUUCGGGGCCACCACGCAUACGGAUCUCGUCCUGCGCGCCCAAGAGCUUUCCAUUCCAACCAAGUCGAUCCCGAAUGCCUCCAUCCUAAAUGCCAUAGGCGCAACGGGCCUUCAACUCUACAAUUUCGGCCAGACGGUUUCAAUGGUAUUUUUCACCGAGACCUGGAAGCCUGCAAGUUUCUACGAUCGAAUCCGCGAGAACGUUUCUAUCGGCCUCCACACCCUAGUUCUGCUGGAUAUCAAGGUCAAAGAACAAUCGCUCGAAAACAUGGCGAGAGGGCGAAAGAUAUAUGAGCCUCCCCGCUAUAUGACUGUCGCGCAGUGCGCCCAGCAAAUGCUUGAGAUUGAGGAAGAGAAGAAAGAAAGCGUGUACAGUGAGGACAGUCUCGCCAUUGGCUGCGCAAGAGUCGGUGCGGAUGACCAGAGAUUCGCGUGCGGGACGUUGAAAGAACUCUGCGAUGUCGAUCUAGGCCCUCCUCUGCACAGCUUGGUGCUGCUCGGUAAAAGAGCUCACGAAUUGGAACGAGACUACAUCAAGUCGUUCGCGAUGGACCAGAAGACUUUUGAGCAAAGUUGGGAGAAGUAUCACAGGAGAAGUUGA